AGUGUGAUAUUUAUUUCGCUUUACCCCAGACACAGUCCGCGUGUACAUUUCUUCAUCCUCUUCCACAGCAUACAUAGAGCAUCCCUUUUUUUAUAUCAUUAACGACAUAAUGAGCAACACCGACUGGGACACUAAACUCGUCAUUGGUUCUAAAGCCAAGGCACCCAAAGUAACUAGAAAUGCAUCUGACUUGAACGGUGCGCGGAGAGCAGGUGCUGUUGUUGCCACAGAUAAGAAGGUUGUAGCCGGAAACAAGGCUCACCAAGGCCCUGACCACCAACGCAUCGCCAAACUUGACCGCGAAAAUGAAGUCGCUCCUCCCCCUAAGGUCGCUCCUUCAGUGGGAAAAGCUAUCCAAACAGCCAGGAUGGAAAAGCAGAUCACCCAGAAGGAUCUGGCUCAGAAAGUGAACGAGAAGCCCUCUGUCAUCCAGGAUUAUGAGUCGGGCAAGGCCAUCCCUAAUCCUCAAAUCCUCAGCAAGUUCGAGCGUAUCUUGGGCGUCAAAUUACGUGGUGCAGACAUUGGGAAGAAACUGGAGGGGCCGAAGAAGUCGUAAUUUGACCCCUCCGUAGUCGCAACUUGUAUCUCGACGUCCUCAGUUAUCGCUGUUUGUUCUUUUAGACUUUAAUUGCCAUGUAUCGUUGUUGGAUUUUUUGCUUAUCCCCAGCAUUAAGACAAGAAAGAUAAUGCUUUGAGCAAGAUAAAAAUAGUACAAAUGUCCUGGGGUGUCUUCAUGCUGCAUGUUCUCCUUCUGGUGCACCCUAUGUGGACAUGUUAGUUGGUCUCAUGAAGAAAGUAUGAGAUACCUGCAUAUGU